AUGGCGAAUUUGGUCGCUUUCGCUAACGAUCCCUCCGAAGGGACCCUCCAAAAAAAGGGACCCAAGCAAAGAAAGUGUACAGAAUCAAAAAUCAAGGGACCCUCUACCGUUCAGCUCAAUAAUCUUAGUAAAAUGUGUAAAAUGUCGGUUGGAUGUUAA